AUGCAGCAUUAUCCUAAAGGUCUCAGCACAGGGGCACUGAAGGAAUUUAGGGCCGCUGAAACCAAGAGAUUCCUAGACUUCACUCUGUUCGGGAAGGUGGACAAGAAGAAUCCUGCCGGACUGCUCCGACCGAUGGAAGGUGUUGAUCCCUCCAAGGUUGCUCCGAAACUGGAAUCCCUGGUGGGUCGCGAAAACCAAGUGCUUGACGAAGUGGAGGGUGUCGGGCGUAGGGUGGUAUGCAAUGUGGUCAUGAGGCCCGAGAGCGAAGGUGGCGGCAUUCUCCUGAUUUCGAGCUCAAAACUUGACAAGCAAGACUUUAUUCUGCCCAAGGGGGGCGUGGAACAAGGUGAAAGAGGCCGUGAUGCGGCGGUGCGUGAUGUCCUGGAAGAAGGAGGGGUACGGUUUAGUUAG